AUGCGUUUCACAAGGACGCUGCUCAAUUCGCAGCCGGCUCGACUGACACUUUUCACCCGCGCGCAAUGCGGUCUAUGCGAUACCGCGAAGUUGACCCUUUCUCAGCUCCAGCAGCGCCGGACCUUCCGCUACAACGAGGUUGAUAUCAUGGCACCGAAGAACAAGAAAUGGAAGGAUGUUUAUGAGUUUGAUGUACCCGUGCUUCAUGUUCAACCUGCAAACUCGGACGAGGAAUCCAAGCUACGGAAGCUAUUCCACCGAUUCUCUGAAGUGGAAAUUGUGAAGGUGGUUGACGAAGUCGUUUCCGUCGCAAAAUAUCAUGGCCACGAAUUCGCAGAAUCCAUCAAAUGCUUCGGUAAUGAGAAGACUGCGACCUCGGCCAAAGAAAGUCCCACCAUGAUAGCGAUCUGUACUCGCAGGCCUGUUGCAUGUACGGCACGCCGUUCUCGGCGGUUCAUAAAUGGCAAACCAAGCUGGCCAGUAGCCUACUGGGAAGUUGAGGCCGCAUACCAGAAAUGCAAGAGGGAAAUGUUAAAUUCGAAGACUGGGUACAUGCUCGCAAGUGAGCAUGCACUGAGUGACAAUCUCGCUGUCGCUGUUGAUGAGUUCUACAUAAUCACCAAUCGUGCCAUUAGCUCGAGGGUCAUGCUGUAA